AUGGGAAAAUCUAAGACCCCGAAGGGAUAACCAAGCUUGGAAAACGGCGGAGGCAGUAGCUGUUAGCUUUUAUGUAACAUAUGCCAGUCUAACAACCCAAUAAACUUAGUCUGUACUGACCAAAAGUGCAGUAAGCAGGAGUAAUUGUAAGCGAUAUGUGCUACAUGCCAUUACAGCCUUUAUCAUUCCUCGGUAUCCCUAGAAACCUAUCUGAAAAAGAUUUCUUUGAUAUUUUAAGACUCCCUUGCUAUUCUUGAAAUAGACCAAAAAAAAUUAUUGCAAUUUUAAGAAUCUCUGAAUUAAACCUACUUCAUGAUAGAGAACCUCAAGCUCAAAACUUAUGAGUAUCUCCAAGAACAAGAGAAUUAGAGAUAGCAGCUUUUGACUUUGAUUAAGACUAUUAAAAACUUGGAAGAGAGUAAACAACCCUCACCAUAAGUGCUCAAAGAUAAAGUUCGAGAAAUAAGCAAAAUUGUUAUCCUUGAUCCGAAAGCAAGUGAGGAGAAUCCUCUACGCACAACAAUGAAUUUCUACCGUGAAUUCGUUUACUAAUGUGAAAUGGAGAUAUGGAUUAAAUUUAACAGAUAUUUCUCAUAGAGAAGAGACUGGGUUGUCAAAACUGAAGAAGAAAUUGAAUCUGCAGAAAAUGUUGUUGCAUCCACAAAUAAUAACCCAAGCAUGACUUUUAUGAAUGGAAAUAGCAAUAUUUACAAUACACAAUACCUUAAGAAUGAUUCUCGUUUAAAUGGUCAGCGCGACUAAAGUAGGGGUAAAAAGGAUUUAAUAUUUGGAAAUCAGAGUCAAAUGGAAACAGAAAACCUUCAGAAUGGAAAUAAAUACUACCAAAACAAUUAAAAUUAGAGAUAAAAUGGUGAAGAAACGGAUAAUUCGAAGGAAGAAGAAGAUCUUCAUUUUGAGAUUGAGAGAAAUCCUGAUGAAUACUCAGAAAAAUCUGAAAACGAAGAUGAAAUAGAUGAAGAAGAUGAUGAUGGCAAAGAAGAGGAUGAUGAAGAAGAUGCAGAUUUCGAAUAUAUACAGAGAAGACGUAGAACUUCAAACGGAAGUCAAGGCGUCUAUAACAGAGGCUCUUAAAAUAAUCAUUCUACUAUAAAUGGCUAUCAAAGUCAAAGAAUUAAAUCGAACAGUGCCUAUCAUAGAUACCAUGGAAAUAAUUCAAAUCAUAACGAUUAUUAGUAAUCCAGUAGCCAUUCAAAUCAAAGCACAGGCGUGCCUAAAAUUGCUCAAGGUAUACGCAAAAUCCGCGACCUCUUGCCUAAAGAAAAAGAAACUAUUUUGCAAGAAUACGACUAAACAGGAGAUAUUCGUAAAAUUUCUGAAAAAUAUAAGAUUAAAUAUCGCCGUCUCUAUAAUUUCAUUCAAAACUCUAGAGGACCUAACAACUAAUCCAUCCGCUAAUACUCUGAUGAUGACAAGUAACUCAUCUACGAAGACUAUAAAAAGAGUAAUAACGUGAGAGAAGUUGCCAAUAAAUGGAAACUUAAUUAUGACUCUCUUUACUCCUUCAUUCGUUAUAAAAAAUAAAAGUGA